AUGGCGCGCUGGGAGCACAGGACCAGGGGUCUGACCAGGUUGCUUGGAGGUCCUUACCUGGCCUGCUACUGCUUAGGCUUCCUCAUCAUACUGCUAAAUGUCUACCGCAGCCACAGGAGACUACUUUGGUAUCCUGAUGGAUCAGAAGGUAACCAGCUUUCCUUUCAAUGUGACAGAAAACCCCAUGUACUGGGGCAGCACUGCCAACUACCUGGGCCUGGCACUCAUGAAUGCCAGCCCAGUGGGUGUUAUCCUGACUGCUGUGGUCGCCAUCACAUACCAGACCAUUCACUGAGAACAUCUAUCGGCAGAGAGCCCAGUGCUGCAAACACAAAUGAGGGCCUGGACAGUGGUCUGUGUUUGUCCAGGGAUCACACCCCCGAGAGAGGGAGCUGCCAGACUACCGGUCAACCUCAAACCACCCCCGCCUCGCCAUGGAGGACUUUCAGUGGAAGAGGGGAGCGGGAGGAAGGGAGGGCAGGUUGGGUGAGGGGUGUGCUGGGGGGAAAAAAUGUAGCCUAUUCUAGGUAAUGAUGAUGAAUGUUUGUCUGCCUAAUUGUUUUUUCUCUUUAUAUAUUUUUUUGUCAUUUUCUCUCCUGAUUGAAUUGAGUAUUUGAGCAAGAGGCUUUUUUGUCAGCUAGAAAUCUGGAUCAUACAAUUCAAGCUACUGGGAGGUUUGAGAGGGAGAUCCUUUUAGACUGUCCAGAAUAUGUCAUGCCUAGUUUGAUACUGGCAUAGUUAGUCUGCAAUAUAAGUCAUAGCCAGUGGUUUUUCACUGUAUGUACAAGCAAGGACAAUCAUUCCAGACAUUUUACCUGGAAACUGUACAGGUCACCAUUCCGAAACUGUGAAUACACAACUGAUCUUGUUAACUACUCUCCUGUCUCUGGUUUGUUCAGGUGCUUUGGCCUGUAUUGUUCCUCCUCCACCCAGGGUAAGAUAGCUUGGAAGCCGGGUCUAGAACCAGGGGGUUUUAAGGUCAAGUUGAACCAGAAGGUUACUACUUCAAAUCUGGGUAUUCUCACCUUAGCUGGCCUGUUGGGGGUAGAUCAGAGCAGGGGGAGAGCAGUAGACCACACCUGGCCACCUGCUCAGAAUGGGAGCACUUAAACAAAUUGUGACUUUGUUAUUGUCCUCUCUUUCACUCUGAACCCAUCUUUCUUACUGAGGGGUGUAAAGUAAGGAACUGCCUGUUUGUUUUUUUCCCCUCCUUUUCUUUAGCUGUCCAUUGCCAACUCAUUGAUUCUCCGCUGAAACACACACACACAUACCGGUCUUGUUUUGGGUGGAGGACAUCAGGUCAUCAUGCCUCUGCAGAACCACAUUGAAUAUAUUCUAAGAAGCUCGUCCUGACACACACACACUGCAGAACGUCAAAAUAGCUCUGAUCACACUGCUACCUGGGUCACAGGAUGGAGUGAUGGAUCGAGGGAUAGAUGAAUGAUUCAGGUGGAUCAGUUCCUUGGUGGAGCAUUGAUGCCCUGUAAAUAUUGAAACUUAAAGAUGGAAGAAAUGCUGCAGAAAAUAUCAGAGGAACACAUCCCACACACAAAUAUUGAAUAAAAUAAUUUGAGUCAACACUCUAAAGUCAAACAUUACCAAAAAUCCCAGUAAUACAUUUAAGAACUUUUUCAGUGCAGUCCGUCUCUCAAAAGAUAUUUUCGGAGUUGAGACAUGAGCGCCUCCAUUUGGUACACUUGGUAACACCAGCACUGCAGCCACACGCUGAACUCUCUCAGCUUGUGCUUCUCAGCAGGGCUGCCGACACAAGAGAAUGCAUAUGCCUAAUAUAAAAGGCGCUAAAUUAAUCAAUGUUAUAAGAACGAUUAGCCCUGUUUAGAUUGUCAUUUACAGCAAAAUACCAUGCAGAGAGAGAGGGGGGGGGAUACAUUUGCGGAGAAUUUUAUAACUGGACAGAAUAUAAAUAUAUGUUUUGUAUCCAUCUAGUUCUGUUGCAUGUGUUUCCGCCAAUUGUGUUAAGUUUUGACACACAGCCCGCAGCACUAGGACUUGUGUUCCAUGCUUAUGGAAUAAACUUCAAAUUGCCUAUUGCUAAUUAGUCAUUGUUAUAGGAGAGUUAUCUUCUGAUGUUGUUUUUUCGUUAUUUACGCACCCAGGCAAUUUACAGAAGCCAAUUGCUCACAGUGUUUAAAGUACAAGACCUAAUAUCCGUUUUCGAGCUUUGUUAUUGUAAGAAAUGGCCAAUGUUCAACAUUAUCCUAAACUAAGUGUUCCAGUGCAGACUAAAUGCCGGAAGAACAGAUCAAUUAUUAACACGGGGAAUAUUCCAUGGAGCCAUGCAGAUUUCCACACAACAGGGUGAUACAGAAUCAGACUUCCAGCUAUCGCCAAAAUCCAGUUGCUUUUACCCAUGUCCCCUAUGCUUAGCUGUCCCCGCGGUAGUCGUGCAGUUCCCAUGCUCUCACAUUCACUGGAACAGAUUGACGCAUCAGCAGGCACCUGUUACAUUUUCCUCUCCGCUCAAUGGAGCGCCGAGUGCCCAGUGACGUCGCCUGGAGGAGGGGUUCACUACUUGCUUAAAUACCGUGCGCUCUCCGAAGUUGAGACAGAGACGCCUCAGAGAAAACUCAGAACGUUUGCCGAAACUCUACUAAAAUCAGCUCUGGCUUUAACUGUAGAACGGUCAGUGCGCAUACAUUGGAAACACUCUACGAACCACUUAACAAACAUGAUAAAGAAAAUGUCACCAACGGAGAAUGACUUUGACAUACCUGCAAAGAACUGCUACAGGAUGGUAAUUUUGGGGUCCACGAAAGUUGGCAAAACGGCCAUCGUGUCCCGGUUUCUGAACGGAAGAUUUGAGGAGCAGUACACGCCGACGAUCGAGGACUUUCACAGGAAACUUUACAGCAUCAAGGGAGAUGUAUACCAACUGGACAUACUGGAUACUUCGGGCAACCACCCAUUCCCUGCAAUGAGGAGAUUAUCUAUACUGACAGGUGACGUGUUCAUUCUGGUCUUCAGUCUGGACAACCGCGAUUCCUUUCAAGAGGUCCAGCGACUCAAACGCCAGAUCUUCGAAACCAAGUCGUGCCUGAAAAAUAAGACCAAAGAGAACAUUGACGUGCCUCUAGUCAUCUGCGGAAACAAGGGAGACCGGGAAUUCUAUCGGGAGGUUCAACGCGAAGAGAUUGAGCAACUGGUGGCCGGUGAUGAACAAUGCGCUUACUUUGAGAUCUCAGCUAAGCGCAACACAAACAUUGAUCAGAUGUUUCAGACGCUGUUCACCAUGGCCAAGCUGCCACACGAGAUGAGCCCGGACCUCCAUCGGAAGGUUUCGGUGCAGUACUGUGACAUGCUGCACAGAAAGUCACUGAAAAAUAAGAAACAAAAGGACAGUGGAGACGCGUACGGCAUCGUUGCGCCAUUUGCCCGGCGCCCGAGCGUCCACAGCGACUUGUUGUACAUAAAGGAGAAGGCAAUGGGUGGUGGGCAGGGGAAGGAUAAAGAGAGGUGUGUGAUAAGCUAAGAGUGUUGUUAGGUAAAACAACCUGUGGAAAACACCAGUGAAAUUAGACAAUUGCAGUAUGCUUCGAUUGUCAGGCAACAACUGACUCAGCUGUAGCCAUCAAAGUUGAACUGUCUCCGGGCAGUCCAUGAUGGGACACUUGACAGAUGCCGCGAUCCACCCUACAUGGUCUUGGGUGCAAGGAUGUCUUUAGGACACCUAUCAGACAUGGGAGGGCACGUAAGAACAUUGUUUUGUUCUGUUGUGUCAGAGUGUGAUGUGGCUUCAAAUCUUGUGAUAUACUUCUGAGUUGCAGUACACCACUGCGUAAAAUGUAUUGCUUUCACAUCUGGCUUUAAACAGACCGUCUGAAGAUAGGGCUACUCCAGUACGGAAUGAUAUGCAUUCUCAUUAGCCAGUUGUUUACAUAGUACCAUGGUCUGGGUGAAUACUCGAUUCUGAUUUUCGGAUUUCUUUUUCUGAUUUUCUCCGCUGCGCGUCGGACGGUUCACGCCUCCCCAUCGUCCAUUAUCAGCUGAUAAUGUACACCUCGUUGGGCAUUAUCCCUUACUUAUAGAUUUUAUAACAAAUAAUUAAACUUGAAUGUUUGCAUCUGAACAACAUUUUGUACUGUGCAUGUAUAUUUAUUCUCAUGUUUCGUCUACUUUUGCAAAGAAAAAAAGAGAACUGAAAAAAUAAAUUCAAAUUCUGUCAGAAACUGCUUUUCAUUUAUUUUGACCAAUCGCAGUAACAUUAUAGUUUACACCCAAUACAUUGACAACAAUAUAUACCUUUCUUCACUGUCAAUUAU